AUGAUGAUGAAUAAUAAUAAUGAAGUUUAAUACAAUUAUGUGGGGAAACAAGUUAAUAGGAGUUAUAAAUUACCAUCAUAUGAAUCUUAGUAGAAAACUGAUAAUAGUGAUUUUGAAUUAGAAAGUCCAUUAAGAGAAUAGCAAAAUAGAAAUGAGGCAAAAGAGAAACAAAAGUCAAUUAUUAAAUUAAUUUCUGCAACUUAACCAUUAGAUAAUCAUUAAUAGUAGAAAGAUAUGAUUACUUACUAGUCUUUAAAUAUGAAUUCGCUAAACAAAGAAAAUAAUUUAUAAAGCUAAGGAUCAUUUACUUCUAGGGGUUUAGAUUAAAAUGAAUUUUUAGAAAAUUAAUCACCUACUUAAAUAUAGCAAAAUACAAGUUUUUAAAACAAUUAGUCACCUCAAAUUCACUAUAAGAUCAGUCUAAUGAAAAAGAAAGAGCUUGAGAGAAUUUAAGAAAAUGAUGAUGAGAAAGUAAAUUCUUCUCUCUAAAUUACAUCAAUUUAGUAGUCAAGAGAUUUCCAUUCAAGUAGAGGGAAUCAAAAUCUUUAAGAUUUGGAUGGGAAAAUAAAGGACACCUUAAAUGCAAAUAGAUUUAAAGAUUUACAAAAUUUACUUGAAGAGUCUAAAAAUUAGUUAAAAAAUGAUUUAUAGGUUAUUUUAAAUGGAUUAGAAACAGAUUAACUAUUGAUCCAAAGCAAAAUAAACGAUUUAUAAGACGAAUAUAAUGCCAUAUUACUAAGAAAAAGCUAAAAUUAGCAAAUUGAUGAAGAAAGAUUUCUAUAAAUAGAAAAGAAUCUUCAAAAAUAGAUCAAUUAUCUUCAAGCAUUAAGAUAUGGACUUUAGUAAAGCUAAAAAAAUAUGUAAACACCUUUUUAAAACCAGGAAGAGCCAUCUAAAUCAAAACAAGCUGCUGUAAACUCUGUAAUUAAAAGUUAGCAAAAUAUUCUUGAAGAUUAAUAAUAGGAUUAUCAAAAAAAUUAAAUGCUACAACCUUAAAAAGAAAUCAGCUAAACUGUCUCAGUCAAUCAUAACAGAAACGAUGACAUGAAAUAACUAUACAAAACGGAAGCAAUUUGUGCAAACAAGAUAGAUGAAGGGACUCAAACAGAGAAUAAAUAAAGUAGCUUGUCUCCUAUUAAUAAUAAUAUAUAUAAUGUAACAGGAAAUCAAGCUAAUAAAAUAUAAGCACAAUAUCAGUAACCUUUAGUUUUGUAAUAAUACAAAUAACAAAAAUUGCCUAAGCAAGAAAACCACACAAGCGAUAGACUAAUUCAAGAAGUUUAUAAAAGAAAUAAUGGUUAGAAUGAAGUGAAGAGAUAAGAAGCAAGAAAAUAACUUGAAAUAGAUGAAUAAAAAGUAAAUAAUAUAAAAUAAUCUGAUAUAGAUUUUAAUCGUAAAACUGCUUCAAGAUAGAGCAGAUAAAAAGUAGAAAUAAGGUAAGCAAUUUAGGAAUAACCUUUUAAUCACACAAACUCUAGGUCUAAAUAAGCUUUGAGUAAUAACAAAACAAAUAAUUAGGCAACGUUUAUUUAAGAGGAAUAAAACAAGUAAAUGUUGCUCAAACGAUUGAAUAAUAGAAAAGAAUUUUAGGACACAAUUAAAGAAAUUUUUUAGCCAUCUUCCAAAAACAGGUAAAUUUUAUUCAUUGCAAUAAUUAAUUUUUAUUAUUUAAAAAAUAAAAACAACAAACUUUAAUUAAUUAAACCUAGAAUUGCUUCUCCUUCACCAGAAUAUUAAAACAAAAGUAUGAUUAACUAAAGCAGCUAUCCUCAUGAUAUAUAUAGUAUAGAAAAGGAGAAGGAAAGGUAUAAGGCAAGCAAGACUUCCUAAAAAUUGGAUUUGAAUGAUAUAAAAAUACUUCCUAGAGAUCCUAUUAUAAAGCAAACAAGUAAUUAGCUUUUUAAUUCACGGAGAUAGUAAAAUAAAACACCUGAUUCUUAUUAAAGUCAUAAUGGAAGACUGAAACGAUUAGACUAGAGUUAUAAUUAUUUGACUCCAAAAUAGGAUUUUAAUUAGGGAAACAAAAGCAAUUAUAGUUAUAGCACUAUGCAAAAUGGUAAUAACUAAAAUACUACACCAAUUAAAAAAUUUAAUUAGUAGUAUUCAUAAUCAAGCAUAAACAGUAAUAAUGAAAAGUAGAUAAGUAUAACAUCUUAAAAUAAUUUAAAUUCUUCUAAAGAUAGUAUUAAUAUGUCUUAGAUAUUGAGCAAAUAUUCUUUAUCGAGAAAUAGAUAAAAAAGAGCAAUUUCAUACUUAAAUCCACUCGAAGAAACUCAAAAUUCGUAUCUAAAUAACCAGUGCUCUUGGAAAUCAAAAGUUGACUAUAUGGAUUAGGUAAAAUAAAAGUAUAAUUUGAAGAGCUCUCCAGAAAAUUGGAAAAAAAUAGCUAAUGAUGAAGAUAUAGAAAGCGAAGUAAAAAUUGAAUAAUUAAAAUAGUUUUCUAAAAUGCUCAGCAUUAAAGCUAAGAGGAAGUUAUAACUAAGCAGGGUGAAGUCAAAAAACAGUAAAAAUGAAUUUUUUUUAAACGAAGAUCUAAUGGAAGCAGAUGAUCUAAUUAUAAAUUCAAUAAAAGCUAAAUUAGCAAUAAUUGAUACCGUAAAUAGGCAGUAUGAUCAAUAAAUAUCUGAAUAAGGAGAGUCUCUAGAAUAGUCUGUCUAAAAUUUAGAUAUAAUAAUAAAAAAAGAUAAAAAUAAAUGA